GGCGCACUUCUGGUCGGUACCAGAGUGCUUUGCGGCAAGAUGGCUGCGCCCAGGCGGUACUGCGCUGGCCUAGUUCGGUCUUGGUUGGGGGCCCGGCCGCUGGGCCCGCAUGCCGGGAGGGAGUGGGCGACCCCGCCCGGCUCGCUUCUAGGUAACCAGGCGAGGUGCGUGUCCUGUGUCGUGGGCGCCGCUUUCUCUGGUCCCCUCCUGGCCUCGGCCCCUAGUCGUUACGGUCAGGGCUCCGCCUUGGACCGCAUCCUUGGAUUCCCUCAGCCUGACGACAGUUCCUUAGCUCCCAGGGUCCCCGCCGUGUCGGUGCACAGAGAUGAGCAGAAUCUGCUGUUGGUCCACACUCCUGACAUGCCUGAGAAUCCACGGGUCCUCCGAGUGGUCCUCCUGGGAGCCCCAAAUGCAGGAAAGUCAACACUCUCCAAUCAGCUGCUGGGUCGUAAAGUGUUUCCUGUCUCCAAGAAGGUGCACACCACUCGAUGCCAAGCUCUAGGGGUCAUCACAGAGAAGGAGGCCCAGGUGAUUCUGCUUGACACACCUGGCAUCAUCAGUCCUGUUAAACAGAAGAGGCACCAUUUGGAGCUGUCUUUGUUGGAAGACCCAUGGAAGAGCAUGGAAUCUGCUGAUCUUGCUGUGGUUCUUGUGGACGUGUCAGACAAGUGGACCAGGAGCCAGCUAAGCCCCCAGGUGCUGCAGUGUCUGACCCACUUCUCCCAGGUCCCCAGCAUCCUCGUCUUAAACAAGGUAGAUUGCCUGAAGCAGAAGUCAGUUCUCCUGGAGCUGACAGCAGCCCUCACUGAAGGUGUGGUCAAUGGCAAGAAACUCAGUAUCAAGCAGGCCUUGCACUCACGCCUCGGCGCCCAGAGUCCCAGCCCUGCAGCUAGCGACCCAGAUACACACUCAGUGAGGGCCUCGCAGAGAACUGGCUGGCCCUACUUCCAGGAGAUCUUCAUGUUGUCAGCACUAAACCACAAAGAUGUGAACACAUUAAAGCAAUACCUUCUGGCACAGACCAAGCCUGGACCCUGGGAGUUCCACAGCGGAGUCCUCACCAGCCAGACACCUGAAGAGAUCUGUGCCAAUAAAAUCCGGGAGAAGCUCCUAGAGUACCUGCCUGAGGAGGUGCCCUACGGUGUGCAGCAGAAGACAGUGGUAUGGGAGGAAGGACCGAGUGGGGAGCUGGUGAUCCAACAGAACCUUCUGGUGCCCAAAGAAUCUCACGUGCGGAUCCUGAUUGGUCAGAAGGGCCUCUUGAUCGCCCAGAUUGCACAGGAGGUGGGCCGAGACCUCAUGGACAUCUUCCUCUGUGAUGUUCACAUCCGCCUCUCUGUGAAACUGCUCAAAUGACCAUCCUCUGUGCUACUCCCAGGACAUUCCUGCUCAAACUGCUGGCAGAGGGACUAAGUAGAGCUACCUCUGUCAGAGGGGGUCUGAGGGCUGCUGAGGGCCGUGGACAGUGGCUGGCUGCGAGCCAGCUGGCCUUGUGUGUGCACGGUGCCUGCCCAGCCAUGUUCUCCACUGGAGGAAAGAAGCUGCCGUAGCUCAGUUCUCAGGUAGUUCCUCGGCCUAGGGUCUCGGCUGUGUAGGUCUUAGAAGUCCAUCCCCAUGGUGGGAAUAGGGCCAUCCCGCCCCUGCUAGCAUUGGACCCAAACUCUUGCCCUGAGUUUCCAGUUGCUGGUAGGAAGAAAAGUUUUCUCUCCAUCCCCAAGUUCCUCAACUUUAAGUUACAUAUGGACCUAUGUUUCUUUUUCUUUUUUUUUUUUUCCCUUUGAGACAAGGUUCUUGCCAUACAACUCUGGCUGGCUAUUACUAUAUAGACCAGGCUGGCCUCGAACUCACAGAGGUCCACCUGCCUCUGCCUCCUCAGUGCUGGGAUUAAAGGCGUGUGCCAUCACCACUUGGCUCAACCUGUGUUUCUUAAAUGAGAUAGUGCCGAUCACCUGUUCACCCAAGUUCUUGAUCCCUCCCACACCAUCCUGCUACCCAACCAUGGAUGCUAAUAAAGUUAAAUGACAAGUGUU